AUGCCGGGCCCCGCAGGCUCGUCGCAUCCACCACCGUCGGGAGCACAGCAGACCACAGCUCAGCGCCCGCUCAAGACGGAGCGUGAAGUCGAUGAGCUUGAGGACGGUGUCACCACUCCGCCUCUUCGCGCUGUUCAACUUGCCGUACACACGACCGAUCUGCAGGAAGAUGCACGUCACGAGCGAGCCAACCACCACGCCUCUAAAGACCCUUCGAAGCCUCAGCGCAACAUCGACGACUGGCUUGCGGCCUCGCGACGCGCCAACGACGGUAGCAACGAACCACGCGCGGCUGCCUCUGCUCACCAGAAGACAAGACGUCGGACACACUUCUUCCCUCCGAGUCCUUCGAGCAGCGCUAUCUCGGCGUACGUCGACGAGCUUGGUCCCGAUUCUGAAGACGAUAGCGGUACCGAAAGGACAACUGCUGCAACAAAUGUCUCCUCGAGCGCAGCUUCGAUCAACAAGGACAAGGCCAGGGAAAAGAUCUCGGAAGGGCCUUGUGAUCGGUGCAAAACCCUUCGCCUCGAGUGCACCAAGUCUUCGCAAAACCGGUGGAGCUGCGACGCCUGCAAGCUAAAGCACACCACCUGUACUCGGAAUGGUGAGCGCGUAUCUAGUGCCUCCGGACCAGAGUCUCGUCCCGGCUGGAAGCCAAAGUCGAAAACACCAGCAAAAGCGAGCAUCGCUUCGACGGCGUCCAGCAACAGCUCACAGGGUCAACAAGCUCCGGAAAGCCCGUUUCCCUCUUGCAGAACGCCACAUCACAAAGUGCCUUCGAGUGGCAAGACCCAGUCUGAGCGCCCUCGGCCGGGGAAGAGCAGAAAGGAGGCUGAGAAUAGCGAUGCACGGCCACUCGAUAGUGACAGCUCCGAUGAUAUCGAGGUCGUUUCGAGUCGCAAGCGCAACAAGGUAGCCCCACCUUCGCGUGUAUUGUCACAACAGUCUCGCACCACAAUGCCGGAUCCUUCUGCUUCAGACUCUUCCCGAUCACGACAGCAGUCAUCGAAGUCAGCCCCCAAACACCCACUCGACGUUCACACCACCAACAUCCUCAAGGAUACUGCGAAGACGCUUGAGCGUGUCAGUCGAUCGCUAAUCGACGCACCAUCUCUGUCUGCAUUCGGUCCCACGCUGAACUUGCUCAUCGAAGGCUUUCAAUGGAUGCCAGGCUUCAGCGCAACGAUGGAAAGCAGCGAAGAGACACGCCUGACCGAAAUCUAUCAGGUCCUCCUGCGCGUCCGACAAGAUUGUGUUCCGUUCAUUGCGCGAUGGGACGAGACCAAGCAGAAGGAGAAAGCAUGGCUUGCCCAAGCACUAGUAGAUCGCUGCGUGUCCCAUAUCAAGACGCUUGUCAGCGAGCGUGGUAGUCAGUAG